UGAAUUCUAAUAACGAAGUUGAGGUAAAUGCUCAUCUUGUAACUGAUUAUAACGGCUUUAGGUUAUUUAAAUAGUAAUUUUUUUUUUUGUUUUUCUGAUAUGAAAAAAUGAGAUAUUAAGGAGGAAGAUAGAUGCUAAUGUGGAUUUGGUAUUUUUUGAGAUGAGUCUGUUCAUGGAUAAAGAAGCAUACAAACCUCUAAUUCGUUAAUCGUUAUCAAAAGCCAAAUAUCAAUCGAAUUUCGAUGUGGAGCGAUUUGAGUGUAUCGUGAACGUAUCUCUUUUACAACAGAUUGGAGAGAGAGAGAGGAGGCAGUGGGUGGCCACUGUCCACUGCCAAUCUCAAAAAGCCACCCAACCCCUACGUUUCAUGCCUUUCUAUCUCUCUUCAUUUACCUAAAUUCCAUAUUCAUCCAUAAAUUAUUUAAUUCUUUCACGAUUCUUUCUUUACCUCCAUUUGCCUGUCGCAUUUGCACAAAGUUGGCAGGAAUUUCACCACCAACACACAAUCCUAGUUUACAUACACAGGAGUUUACAUUUGGAUUGAUCGCUCAACGGAAUAAAUUAUAUCCGAAUCGAAUAUUGGAAAUUGGAAUACGAUAUGUUUGUUUGGAUUUUGGUGUGAGAGAGACAGAAUCGAGAUCGCAAUCGCGAGCAUUGGUAGGUCGAUCAUGGCGUCCUACAAACUCAUCAGAGAUGGCGGCGACGAAGGGACAUUGGAUCUGCGGGCGAAGAAUUGCGCUCUGCGCAUUGAUAACGGCGGCGAUGUUGAGUCUGCUUACUUGAAGACCAAUACGCCUUCUUCUCGUCUCAGGCCGCCGGUUUUGCCCGGCUCCGGCGGUAAUGCUAAGUGCACUCCGCCGUCUGGCCGCCUAGUUUCUCUCGACGUUUUCCGCGGCCUCACUGUUGUGUUGAUGAUCAUUGUUGAUAAUGCUGGUAGACUUAUACCAUCCAUCAAUCACUCGCCGUGGAAUGGUUUGACCCUGGCAGAUUUUGUUAUGCCCUUUUUCCUAUUCAUGGUUGGUGUUUCACUCGGACUUGUAUAUAAGAAUAUGACUUGUAGAGUUGCUGCAACUAAGAAAGCAAUACUCCGAGCAGGAAAGCUUUUCGUACUUGGGAUUUUUCUACAAGGUGGCUAUUUCCAUGGCCUCAGUAAACUGACAUAUGGCGUGGACUUGGAACAAAUCAGAUGGAUGGGCAUAUUGCAGAGAAUUGCAGUAGCAUAUUGGGUUGCAGCAAUGUGUGAGAUAUGGCUUAGAAAUGAUGAGAUCGUUGAUUCCAGAAAAUCUUUGCUGAAGAAAUAUAGAUGGCAAUGGGCCACUGCUUUCGUGCUUAGUACAGUGUAUCUUCUGAUGUUAUAUGGCUUAUAUGUUCCUGAUUGGGAAUACCAUAUUCCCAUAGAAGCAUCUUUCAGAGCUGAGGUAUUCAAGGUGAAAUGUGGAGUAAGAGCUAAUACAGGACCUGCAUGCAAUGCUGCCGGAAUGCUUGAUCGUGCAGUGUUGGGUAUUCAACGUUUGUACCGCAAACCAAUAUAUGCCAGAACACAACAAUGCAGUAUCAACUCACCGAAUUAUGGUCCACUUCCUCCUGAUGCUCCCUCAUGGUGUCGAGCCCCCUUCGACCCAGAAGGAAUUUUAAGUACAGUGAUGGCAAUUGUCACAUGCUUGUUAGGUUUACAGUAUGGACACGUAAUCGUUCACUUUAAGGAACACAAGAAAAGACUUUCUCUGUGGUCGUAUCCAUCAACGGGCUUUAUGCUCCUGGGAUUGAUGUGUCAUGUCUUAGGGAUGCAUAUAAACAAGGCUCUCUACUCCUUCAGUUAUACAUGUGUUACGGUUGGCCUUGCUGGGAUUCUACUCGCUACGAUUUACCUAGUGGUAGAUGUGAAAGGAUGGAGGCGGUUCAGUAUGGUACUUGAAUGGAUGGGAAAGAACGCACUGCUGAUAUACAUUCUCGUAGCGUGCAACAUCUUACCCCUUAUUCUACAGGGGUUUUACUGGAAGGAACCUCAUAACAACAUACUAACAUUGAUUGGAAUCGGGAAACGUAACUAUUGAGUAGUAGCUCAUUUUUGGUGAUACAACUGCGCCGGGGAAGAUUUGAGUCAUCAGCCAAUCAUCUCUUUCAUUGGCAUAGUAGAGGAGGCGUGGGGAGAGGUCUUCUCGGGGCAAGUGCAGCAGCAGCCAUUUUUGUUGAUGUAGCAAGCACGUACCGGCUUCAUGUACAAACACUUUUAAUACAUUUAUGUAAGAGAAAGAAACCGGUAAUUAGAUCUGGUAAUAAAAUCAGAUUGGAGCUUAUUAGUAGAUAUCUACUACUGUAUUGAGUAGUAGCUCAUUUUCAGUGCCAUGACGAUAGGGGCCAAUUGAGACGAGAUAUGGGGUGUAAGCCGUGGAGUUGAUGGCGGUGACGGAGGCCGGGCUUCUGUAGAUGGAUUGUUUGCUCCAUUGUGCCGACUAGUUUCCCUCAUUUAGAGAGAUUCGUGCUUCACACGACUUACAUGUUUCAAUCAA